AUUGGUUCGGAUGGUGAGCUGACUAAGCCACGUACCAUGGUUCGACUACCCAUUUUGGGAGCAUAAAACGCGCGCUGAAAAAGUCAAGUAACACCAGAACGCGUUCGUGAGACCUGCCCCUUGGACAGCGCGGGAGCUUUGCAUCUUGUCCUCAUUCUUUCAUGCCGUUCGAUUCGACUGCCCCAGCUGCGGGCUACGUUGCAGCUUUCAUUGACGCUGCGCAGCAGUAUGUCACUGCAAAUCCUGGCAGAGCAGCUUUGUUGGGACUCUUUUAUACGCCAGUUCUCAUCGUUGUGCUGAAUAUCCUUCGGCAGCUGGUUGUUCCCCGAGACCCUUCACUACCUCCAGAAGUGUUCCACUGGGUCCCUUUCAUCGGGUCCUCCAUCGCGUAUGGCAAUGAUCCACUCAAUUUUUUCUUCAAGUGCAGGGAAAAAUACGGCGAUGUCUUCACAUUCACUCUGAUUGGACGCAAGGUUACAGUCGCACUCGGUGCUAAGGGCAACAACUUUGUGUUGGGUGGAAAAUCGACUGCGUUCUCUGCGGAGGACGCUUAUACGGCAUGUGCAACUUUUUUAGCCUCACAAAUGCCUUAUCUCAACCACCAACAGCACCUCACGACCCCCGUCUUCGGCAAAGAUGUCGUAUACGAUGUCCCUAACGAAGUUUUCAUGGAGCAAAAGAAAUUCGUUAAAGUCGGCCUUUCAACUGAAAACUUCCGGGCGUACGUGAGCAUGUUCGAACAAGAAGUGGACGACUUCAUGCGCAGCGAUCAAGCAUUUCUCAUCUGGCAAAUGAACGACAUCAAUGAAUGGGGACGCUUUGAUGUCACGGAUAUCAUGGCCCAAAUUACGAUUUUGACUGCCAGCCGGACUCUGCAAGGCAAGGAGGUCAGGAGUGGUUUGGACAAAUCAUUCUCGGCGCUCUACAAUGACCUGGAUGGAGGCUUCACCCCGCUGAAUUUCAUGUUCCCUAACUUGCCUCUGGAAUCAUACCGCCGUCGGGACGAAGCGCACAAGAAGAUGAGCGAGUAUUAUACUGAUAUCAUCCGCAAACGUAGAGAAACAGGCCAUACUGAGGAAUCUGAUAUGAUCUCUGCCUUGAUGGAUCAAAAAUACCGCGAUGGCAGACCUCUCCGUGACCACGAAAUCGCACACAUCAUGAUUGCCCUUCUCAUGGCGGGACAACACACUAGCUCUGCCUCCGGUUCAUGGACACUCCUUCACCUUGCGCACAACCUCGAAGUCCAGGAAGCACUUUACCAGGAGCAAGUCGAGCACUUCGGCAACCCUGAUGGUACUUUCCGCCCGAUGACCUAUGAGGCCUUCCGCAAGCUUCCUGUUCUUGAUUCUGUCAUUCGUGAGACCCUCCGCCUGCACCCGCCUAUUCACAGCAUCAUGCGCUACGUCCGCUCUGAUGUCCCGGUUCCUGCGACUCUCGCUGCGCCCUCCAAAGAUGGCGUUUAUGUCGUCCCCAAGGGUUAUUAUGUGCUUGCUUGUGCCGCCGUCAGCCAGGUUGACCCCCGUGUCUGGGCUAACCCGAUGAAGUGGGAUCCAGUCCGGUGGAGUGACCCUGAGGGUGUCGCUGCGCAGGCGUUCAAGACUUACUCCGACGAGCACGGCGAGAAAAUUGAUUAUGGGUUCGGUGCUGUAAGCAAGGGGACUGAGAGCCCGUACCAACCCUUUGGUGCUGGUCGGCAUAGAUGCAUUGGCGAGCAGUUCGCAUAUUUGCAACUUGGAACCGUGAUUUCCAACAUCAUCCGCAAAGUCGAGCUUCGGCUAGAGGACGGCAUCACAGACAUCCCAGCACACAACUACCAUACUAUGAUUACGAUGCCUAAAAAGCCUCGCAACAUCUGCUACAGACGCAGGAAAUUUGAUUAGAGGAUGCUUCUCCUAGAUAUCUAUACCAUACGUCUUUCGUAUUUACUCUGAUGGAUGCCCGGUUACUUGCAUAAAAUAUACCACUUCUAAACUUUC